AUGACAUUUCUUGUUGGAAAGCCGCUGACUCUGGCCAUCACGGCCACUGCUGGCAGUGGCUUCCUUCUUUUCGGUUAUGAUCAAGGUGUCAUGUCAGGUCUCCUGUCGGGAGACGCGUUCGUUCGAACAUUUCCCGAGAUUAACACCAACACGGGUGCCAAUGGCAGCGCGACUUUGCAAGGAACUGUUGUUGCCAUCUAUGAGAUUGGCUGUUUCCUGGGCGCCCUCAUGGCCCUAUUUUGGGGUGAGAAGGUUGGACGUCGCAUGUGUAUCAUGGCUGGCUGUGUGAUCCUCUCAAUUGGUGCUGCCCUGCAAUGCAGUGCUUUCAGUAUUCCCCAUAUGAUCGUGGGUCGAAUUGUGGCAGGGAUUGGAAACGGACUCAACACUAGUACUAUCCCGGUUUGGCAUUCCGAACUGAGUAAGCCUGAGAGCCGAGGGAAAGGGCUCGCUAUUGAACUGUGUAUCAAUAUUUUCGGGGUCAUGACGGCGUACUGGGUCGACUAUGGCAUGAGCUACGUCAAGAACGACGCCCAAUUUCGCUUCCCUAUUGCCCUUCAGAUUCUCUUCGCUAUCGUCACUUUCAUUGGCAUCAUUGGCUUGCCCGAAUCACCUCGUUGGGAUGUCGCCGAAAUCACACAGGCUAUCAGGGAGGAACAAGCCGCUACAGAAGAGAGUUCGUUCAUGAUGGUGUUCAAAAACGGUCCCCAGAAGUUUCUGCAUCGGACACUCCUGGGUAUGGGCGGACAGAUGAUGCAACAGUUGUCCGGUGUGAACCUGAUCACCUAUUACAAUACCGUUAUCUUCGAAAAGUCUGUCGGAAUGAGCCACAACUUGGCGCUGUUAUUGGCAGGCUUCAAUGGUGUGGCGUACUUUGUGUCAACCUUGGUCCCUAUCUGGACGAUUGAUCGGCUCGGUCGUCGGAAGCUGAUGCUUUUCGCUGUGAUCGGACAAUGUGCGUGCAUGGCUAUCCUGGCCGGCACAGUCUGGGAUGGUGGUCAUGCCGCAGGUCUGGUAGCCACUGUCAUGCUGUUCCUGUUUAACUUCUUCUUCGGAGUGGGUUUGCUUGCGAUUCCAUGGCUCUUGCCUGCGGAAUACUCGCCGUUGGCCACUCGUACCCGAUCCGCAGCAUUGGCUACGGCAACCAACUGGAUCUUUACAUUCUUGGUGGUGGAAAUCACUCCCGUCAGCAUUGACAACGUUGGGUACCGCACUUAUAUCUAUUUUGCAGUGUUCAACUUCUGCUUCAUCCCUCUCAUCUAUUUCUUCUACCCCGAGACGCGCAACCUCACUCUGGAACAAAUCGACCACUUGUUUACUGGCGAGAAGGUGAAACUUCAUUGGCACGCAUCGAUGGGCGUUGCUGGCGAUGCGGAGCGUCGCGUGGGAGAGAAGGAUGCCGAACUUGCUGGUGUCCAGCAUGUAGAAUAG